AUGCACCGCCGCUUCACCGCCGCGGCCGCUGCCACUGCACUCCGGCGGUUCUCCAGCCUCCGCCCGCCUCCCCCACCGGACCCGAGGCUCGCUUUCCUCCGCUCCGAGAUCGAUGAACUAGACCUCUCCUGCCCACAAACACAGCCACCACCACCACCACCCCGGGGGCAAUGGCAAGUAGCUGAACAGCCAGGAAGUGGCGGCGCUCGCACGGGGGACAAACCGGUGGCCGUGGACAUCGAGCACCCGUGGCCGGAGUGGGUGGCUCUGAUGGAGCUCCUCCUCCAAAAGGGCCACCUGGACCCCUCCGCCUUCGCCGGCGGCGCGCCGUCCAAGGACUCGAACCUUAUCCGCACCGCCUGCCUCCGCUUCGGCCGCGAGCGCCCGGAGCUCAUCAGGUAUCUAUCAAGAUGGGAUAUUCAGGUUGCUCUGCGUAGUGGGUGCCCUAGCAUUGACAGGAAAGUUGUUAAUUCUGGGAAGCGGUUGCGUGCUCAUGUAGGACUUGAUGAAGGAGAGGUUUGCAGCCAAUGCAAUUUAAGGGGAAGUUGUGAGAGGGCAUAUGUAAGGGCUCGGAAAGAGGAAGUGGGCAGAACUGUGGAUGUUAUGCGCAUCCUUCUGAGUUAUGGUCUUGAUAUCAUUACUGGUAAUAUGGGAAACAAAGCAUGCCUGAACAAGACGGUUAAAGAAUCUGUUAAGAAACUACUGAAUGAGGCUGUCGAGCUUGAUUCCAAGGGACCUGGUUCCGGAACUGAAAAAGCUGCACAGCGUGUGCCAAAGGGUCAAUCUGUUGUACCCACUAAGCAGGGCGAUUGGAAUUGUCCCAAAUGCAACUUCCUUAACUUUGCAAAGAACAUCAAAUGUUUGCGGUGCGAUGGUGAAUUUCAAGAAAGAUACCGGUUAAUGCAUGAGGACCAAGACCAUCUACCUCUCAAAAAGGGUGAUUGGAUAUGCAAAAGGUGCAAUUUCUUGAAUUUCGCAAAGAAUACACGAUGCUUGCAGUGUCAUGACAAACCAACAAACCGUUUACUCAGUCCAGGAGAGUGGGAGUGUGUCUCGUGUAACUAUCUGAACUUCAAGAGGAACGCACUCUGCCUGAGAUGUGGUUGGAAAAGACCAAAAUCCUUAAACAACCCAGACACUGAUGAACCCCGCCGUGAUCUGGAGCAGAAUAACCAUCCCGCUAUUUCAUUUGUUGAAGAUGGCAUUCAACCGAGAAAGCGACAAAUACUGCAGAAGAAGGCUCCACUGUCUGACGAAGAUUCAGAUUUCUGGAGCUCAGAGGAGGAAGGGGAUGAUGACACCGAGAGCAGCAUGCUCCCAAUAAAUAAGGAGUACAAAUUCCUUGACAGUUUUCCCAUUGUUGGGGGCCGGACUGCUAUGUCGCAAGAACCUCUCGAGAGGGAGAAAUGGAAGGAAGAAAUGUACAGGGGAAACCAAGGGACUCUGAGAGAAGUAUCAGAAGAAAGCAGUCGGUCUUCUUUCUGUGUUCCCAGAAGCAUGGAGAUGCUCGAAUCUGAUGACGAUGACAACGAUAUUUCAUCAUGGUUUUCUAGUGGGACUAGAAACAGAAACCUGAAGAGAAUGCUGCGGUGGCAAGGAAACCGGCAGCAUCCAACCGAAAUACCUCACGUCGGGGCUUCGAAUAUUCGUUCUGCUCUCAGCUCAGGAGUCCAGCGCAAGCGCGCAGCUGAGGACCUGCAGCUGGAGGAGGAAGAGGGGUUCUCCAUGGGGUCCGAGGGAUCCGGCCCGGUCGUCGUUCCCAGAAAUUUUAGACUGUUAGAAGAGCUUGAGCGAGGUGAGAAGGGCAUUGGUGAUGGAACUGUGAGCUAUGGGAUGGAUGAUGCUGAUGACAUAUAUAUGCGUUCCUGGACAGGAACUAUUAUUGGUCCACCCCAUACUGUUCAUGAGGGACGAAUCUACCAAUUGAAGCUUUUUUGUGAUACAGAUUAUCCAGAUAAACCACCUACUGUCCGAUUCCAGGCUAGGGUCAAUAUGACAUGCGUGAAUCCAGAAACUGGAGUGGUUGAUCCAAGCCGGUUUCCCAUGCUUGGAAACUGGCAGAGGGAACAUACAAUGGAGGACAUCCUGAUCAGCUUAAAAAAGGAGAUGUCAACCCCUCAGAACCGCAGGCUCCACCAGCCUCAUGAAGGUAAUGAUGAUCAAAGAGUGGAUCAGAAAGGAGUAGCUCGAUGUGUCAUUAUGUAAGAUAUGCGCAUUGCAAUGUAUAGUGUUACACUGAGUAGCAUCAGAUGGCAGAGGCUGAGGAAACCCUGUAAAAUCAUGUAAUUUGGCGGUCGCUUAAUCGCUACUUCGAUCUGAACUGAUGUAUUGCCAGAAAUAAAAUAACUUUGCUA